AUGUUCGCAUUUUAUUCAGAUUUAAUUGAUAAAAGUUAUUGUCCAUUUCCUAAACUAAACCCAUAGUAAAGCUAUCUAAAUGAUGUAUAUAUGAAUAAAGAAAACAUAAAGCAAUACAAAAGUAUAAAUGAUUAAUUGAUAAAUAGUUCCAUCUAAGAAAUACAAUGUCAUAACAGAUGAAUAAAGAAACUUAUUAAUCAAGAUGAUAACUGAGGAUGGAAUAUCUAUCAAAAAUGCUUCUGAAAAGUGUUCUAUAAAAUUGUCAACGGCCAAAGCAAUACUGAAAGUAUAUAAAACUUAAGGAAGAGUAGGAAAAAAAUAAUGUAGAGAAAGGAAAGCAAGAAGAAAAAGUAAAAUAGAGAAUGGAAGAAUUGAUUUAAUGAUGGAAAUAAGAAAGAAGUUGCCUAAGAUUGGAUUUAAGUAUAUAUUGAUAAAUAUAUAUAUAUUAGUUAAUACUUGUGUUUUGCUACUUAAUAAUAGUUUAGUAAACCUGUUAAAGAAGAAUAAUAGUGA